AUGCAGUCCGCCGUGCUCCUCUUAAAGCUUCACAAGCUGCCACAGUCUACCAUCCAUCUUGUGUUGGACAUCAACCACAAGGCCAUUAAAGACAUGGCGAACAAGCUUUGUAGAUUGCGCAAAGACUUCGUCGAAAAGGCAGAGAAAACGAUUGUGUUCGGCAACAAACGCACUUGGGUUGACGUCGAAGCCGACGAGGCUACUUUCGACAAGCGAGACAUCUCAAAGAACACCAUUCUAUGGGAGCAAUGGGCUGGAGCAAUUCGGAAGAUCGAGUGGAAGAGCAUCGCUCACGAAAGACUUCGGGACCGUAAAGUUGUUCUCCACACCGAUUUUGCAAAAAAUUAUAAGCAAAAGGUUGACGGGGUGAUCCAUGACAGAGUCAUUCACUGCAAGAAGCGCAUCACAAUCAACGGCAAGUACCAGUGGACGAGUCCGAAGUAUGUCACCAUGGUAACCCACAAAGUGCCAGGCAGCAACAAAAAGUUGAAGGUCAAAUCAUGCACUCAAAUCAUUGACCGAGCCUGGAGGUUUUUGAAAGACAGCGUUGCCAUCAACAAGAAUGUCAAAGCAGGUUCCAGCCUGUUGCGGGCGAAAUUGCGGUCCGCACAAUACGACUAUUGGUUUCAAAAAUUCCGAUCUUUGGCUGGCGAGCGGAUAUCUUUGUACAGAGGCCCUCAAAACAAAUAUGCAUAA